AUGACGCAUCCCGAUAACAUUGCCCGAGAUGAGUUAGAGGUUCUAGAAGAGGUCAAAGUAGAUGCUAAGUCUAAAGAGACGAUUAACGAUGUUAAAAUGAUUGUCCUUGCGGUGGAUGUUCAACCACAAUUUACAAAUGAAAUGACUUUCACUUGUUAUGAACAUUUGCUACAGUUAGUCCGAAAUGAAGCAAGUAAACUUGGAUUUGGCGUUGUGAUAGCAAGGUCCGACAAUGGCACUAGUAGAAGGAAAGCAUUUGUUGUGAUGAAAUGCGAGAGGGGUGGGAAGUAUGUUCUAAAAAAUCAGAAGUUAAAACAUGAUGACACGGAAUCGAGAAAGUGUGUAUGUCCGUUUAAGUUGCGUGUAUCUUGUAGAGCUGAUGGUUUGUGGCAUUUUAGGAUCGUCUGCGGACUUCAUAAUCACGCAUUGGAGACCAAGCUACACAACCAUCCAAUUAUAUGUCAGCUAAAUCGCGAAUAG